CACAGCCAAGCCGGGAAGCGGCUCUCGGGCAGAAGCACUUUGAAUUGUGGAGAGGGCUGGGCUGCUCCACAGACUCUCACUUAAUAUGUCCUUUGAACCCAGAAUGACCCAUUGCCAAAUGGGCUAGAACCACAGGUUUUAGCCGUGGUGUUAUUGUGGGCUAUUGGCCUUGGCACCGAACAAGCCCAGCAUCCAGGAGCAUCCAGAACCCUUGGAUACCCCCUCCAUCUACCCAUCCAUCCACCCACCCACUCAACAGCUAUCCUGCUGUGGUCAUCUGCUGAGCCUGAGAACCCCAACCCCGGGAGGAGCCAGCCCAUCAACCUGAACCAUUAUGCCACCAAGAAGAGCGUGGCCGAGAGCAUGCUGGAUGUGGCUCUCUUCAUGUCCAAUGCCAUGCGGCUGAAAACGGUGCUGGAGCAGGGGCCGUCCUCUCAAUACUAUGCUACCCUCAUCACUCUCAUCAGCAUCUCUCUGCUCCUGCAGGUCGUCAUCGGAAUCCUCCUCGUGGUCAUUGCACGGCUGAACCUGAAUGAGGUGGAAAGGCAGUGGCAAUUAAACCAGCUCAACAAUGCUGCCACCAUCUUGGUCUUCAUCACUGUUGUCAUCAAUGUCUUCAUUACAGCUUUCGGGGCACAUAAGACAGGGUUCCUGGCUGCCAGGACCUCAAGGAAUCCUCUCUGAAUUCAGCUUGGAACCUAGGUACUGGAUCUGGAGCUGCUUCCGCCUCUUUCUUCCCUGAUCUGCCAGGCUGAUGAGCACUUCCCCUGGGAGCUCCUGAAAGAGCCAUGUAGAUGCCUGCUUCCUAC